AAAAAUCAAUCAAAGCUUUGACAGUCGUGAAGUAUUACGACUUGCGUCAUUUAUAUUUAUUGUUUACACUUAAUAGUUCUUAGGCACACUUUGUACUGUGAAAAAUGUGUCAUUACUCAUUAGAAUUAGUAUCUACCUAAUCUCAAAUCUGUGUAUUAGAUUAGAAAUCAGUUUUGAGCGUGGUGAAUUUAAAUGUAAAUUUUUUUUUAAAUAUUCUGUUUUAAUUAUAUUACAAUGGUAAUUCAGCUGCUCAAUUCAAUUCAGAAUUGGCUAAAAAAUACUCCAAAUCAUACAUGUUUUCGUGUAAACAAACUUAAAGUUUUCGAUAUUCAAAAUUUACAAAGUUUAAUUGUUCACCAAAGCAAAGAAUUGGGCACCUCUAUUUUGCCUGAAUACAAGUUCUUAAAAAGCGAUUGCUUAAUUGUGAAGCCUUGGUCAGAUCAUGUAGUUGUUAAGAGAGAUAAUAAUGAAGUUAUGGUUGAUGCAUCAUGCGGAGCUGCGGUCUUAAGAGGUUCUCAUGUUUUUGCUCCAGGAUUACUUGGAUUACAACCAAAUUGUAAGCUCAAUGAUCUUGUGGAUAUUUAUGCUGAUCUUGAUGGAAAAUGCAAAAGAGGUUUAAAAAUACAUUACACUGGCAAGAAGGAAUAUGUUGGUACUGGAUAUCUUAAGAAGCUGCGCUGCGAGCUAUUUGAUGAAGGUAUCCAACCUAGUGGCAUUGGUGUACAAACAUUACUCCCGGCUUCUAAAUUGCCUGUUAUAAACGAAUCACUGUUUCCACAAGGACAAGUGCUCUUACAAAAUCUGCCAUCGAUAGUAUGUGGGUGGGUUGUAAAUGCUAAGCCCAAUGAGCGCAUACUUGAUAUGUGUGCGGCCCCGGGAAAUAAAACUACGCAUUUAGCUGAAAUGUCUGACAAUAAGGCGAUAAUCACAGCGAUCGACAAGACGGAGAAAAAGGUAGAUUUGAUAAAACAAAACUGUGAAAUUCAGGGUGUAACAUGUGUGAAUGCAUUCAUAUUUGACUCCAGACAUUGUUAUUCCGAGAGCGCAAGUAUGGAUACAGAAGGGCCCCCAUUUCCCGCUAAUUGCUUUGACAAAGUACUGUUAGAUGCACCUUGCAGUGGACUAGGCCAAAGACCUAGAUUGAUUAAUAGUAUGACGCCAAAAAUGUUGCAGUCUUAUAAAUUUAUACAACGGAAGUUAUUAGCAGCGGCAGUAAAAGUUUUAAAAUCUGGUGGUAAAUUAGUAUACAGCACAUGUACAGUCACAUUAGAGGAAAAUGAGGAAAUGGUCAAAUGGGCUCUGGACAAGUUUCCCUGCUUACGGUUAGUGCCAGCUGAGCCUCUGUGUGGUGGACCUGGAUUACCCGACUGUGGCCUAACUGAUAAUGAAAGGCUCAUGGUACAACGAUUCGGUCCUGAAGAAGAUCCGUUGAGAGCAGUUGAGGAUAUAUACCGGAAUUCUAUUGGAUUCUUUAUAGCGGCUUUUACAAAAAUCUAAUAAUGUAAAAAAAAUAAUUUAAAUAUAUAAUAAACAAGAUUUAAAGUCUUUCAACUUUAACC